AUGGCCAGUCUCAUUGCGAUCCUUGACCUCAAGGGGAAGCCUCUCAUCCAGCGAUCUUACCGUGACGAUGUUCCAUCGUCAUACAUCGAGCGGUUCCUCCCAAUUGUCCUCGACUUGGAGGAGGAGGGCCAGCAAGUCACGCCAUGUUUCACUAAGGAGGGUAUCAACUACAUGCAUAUACGACAUUCGAACCUGUACUUGUUGGCGUUGUCAAAACGGAACAGCAAUGCCGCAGAGAUCAUAUUAUUUCUCCACCGUCUAGUCCAAGUCUUGAUCGAGUACUUCAAAGAACUUGAGGAGGAGUCUAUUCGCGAUAACUUUGUGAUCAUUUAUGAGUUGUUGGAUGAGAUGAUGGACUUCGGGUAUCCUCAAACGACCGAAAGCAAAAUCCUACAAGAAUAUAUCACACAAGAAUCAUACAAACUCGAGGUGCAAGUACGCCCACCAAUAGCGGUCACGAAUGCGGUUUCCUGGCGAUCGGAGGGUAUCCGAUAUCGGAAGAACGAGGUGUUCCUGGACGUAAUCGAGAGCGUAAAUUUGCUCGUCAACGCAAACGGCAACGUCGUGCGCUCUGAAAUCCUCGGCGCCGUCAAAAUGAAGUGUUAUCUCUCCGGGAUGCCCGAGUUGCGAUUAGGUCUCAAUGACAAGGUUAUGUUUGAAACAACAGGAAGAACUGCGCGAGGAAAGGCGAUUGAAAUGGAAGACGUCAAGUUCCACCAAUGCGUACGACUCUCUCGCUUCGAAAAUGACCGUACCAUCUCGUUCAUCCCCCCUGACGGUGAAUUCGAGCUUAUGAGCUACCGAUUGUCUACCCCGGUAAAGCCGUUAGUGUGGGUCGAAGCUGCGGUUGAGCAUCACAAGGGUAGUCGAGUUGAGUAUAUGGUGAAAGUCAAGGCACAGUUCAAACGGCGAAGUACUGCCAACAAUGUAGAGAUCUACGUCCCCGUUCCAGAUGAUGCGGACACACCAAAAUUCCGAGCCUCAACAGGUACUGUACAAUAUGCCCCAGACAAGAGCGCGUUUGUUUGGAAAAUAAAGCAGCUGGGCGGAGCGCGCGAGUUCCUUAUGCGUGCACAUUUUGGACUACCCAGUGUCCGAGGAGGAAUGACCACCCGCAUCCUCCCGCCAGGGACAGCCCCGAUCAAACCAGAGUUUCUUGUGUCCUUCGUUUCGCGAGACAUUCCAGACGACGAUGCAGCCGAAGGAAGCACAAACCAUGCAGAUGGUCGCAGAGGCGAAAACAGCCUGGCAACCAUCGACUCCGAAGCUACCGCAGACACCUCCGGUGCCCAGCGGAAGAAAUCUUACAAGGACAAAAAGAACAAACGAGGUGCGAAUAAAGGAAGGAGAUUCCAGAGAGUGCACGAUGAGGUCGAGCUGUGUUGGAGGGUCGCUAGCGGCCGGACGUGCGAGUUUGGCGAUGAAUGCCGCUUCACACACGAUGUUGCAACGUAUCUUUCCGCAAAGCUACGAGACAUCCGCUUUCCCUCCCCCGAGGACCUGAGCGACUCUCCGCCAUUUGUAAAACCUCCGCCGGAUGCGGAGAUGAGUGAGAACAACAAUUCGUCCGUUGACUCGUCUACAGUAUGCCCCGUUUAUGCGCGUUGUGGGGAAUGUAAGCAAGGCCUUAAAUGUCGGUUUUUGGGUGGCCAUUCCCGUAAGAACGAAGACGGCGUUUUGGAGUUGACCACGGAUGAGGAAAAGAAGGCCCGUGCUGCGUCUAUGGAGACUGAGCUCAAUUCCAUUCAUUCGGAGGCAUUCAAGCUCAUCCGGACUAAAAAGUAUCCGCAUCCGAUUGCGGAUUCCUACUUACGAGAGCUGCAAGCCGCGGGCGACGACGACAAGGCUAAAGCGACCACAGAUCAGCCAGAGGUUCCUGGUUCGCUAGGCGAAGGAUCGGAGACACCCGGCGCUGCUCAGUCAAAACGAGACGAGUCUCAAGAUGACUCUCCGGAUGUUCCCAUGCGCUUCGCCGAGAAAAAGCGACUGCAUUGGUCUGGAAAGACUUGCAAGUCGCACAUGAUCUUGCGCCGCUCACCACUGUCGGGAAUUUGGUGGCCGUUCCGCCGCCUUUGCGUCGACUAUGGCGUUGAUAUAACAUGCGGAGAGAUGGGCCUCGCGGUUUCUUUUCUACAGGGAUCCAAAGAGGAGUGGUCGCUCGUGCGACGACAUCCAUCUGAGUCAAUAUUCGGGGUGCAAGUGGCCGGAAGCAAGCCGUCACUCCUGGUUCCUGCCGCAGAGAUCAUCGCACGCGAGUGCGCGGGCAACCUCGAUUUCGUCGACGUCAACUGCGGGUGCCCGAUCGAUCUCGUGUACAAGCAGGGAAGCGGCUCAGCAUUGUUGGAUGCGGCAGGAAAGCUGGGCAAGAUUGUCGUCGGCAUGAACAAGGCCCUGGGCGACAUUCCCGUCACGGUGAAGCUGCGAACGGGAGUAAAAGACGGGCGGAAUAACGCGCAUAAGCUCAUGCCCCGCCUGUCCACGGAGUUUGGAGCGUCUGCACUCACUCUGCAUGGCCGGACGCGACAGCAGCGAUAUACAAAGCUCGCAGACUGGGACUAUAUCAAGCUUUGCGUCGAGGCCGUCCGAUCUCGGGAGGCCGAAGAAGAUCUUCCCCCGGUGCCCAUUUUUGGCGGUGGGGACUGCUUCUCCUCGCAAGACUACUGGCAAAAGAUGGAGAGCGGCGUCGACGGGAUCAUGAUCGGUCGUGGGGCACUGAUCAAGCCUUGGAUCUUCACCGAAGUCAAGGAGCGCAGGGAAUGGGACAUCAGUUCUCGGGAGCGUCUCGAGCUGGUGAGAAGAUAUGCAGAGUAUGGGUUGAAUCAUUUUGGUUCAGACACAGCAGGCGUCAACACUACGCGACGGUACCUCUGUGAAGCCCUAUCGUUUCAGUACCGCUAUAUACCUAUCGGCUUGUUGGAAACGCUGCCCGGACGUCUCAACGAUCGUGCACCCUCCUUCCGCGGGCGAGACGAACUGGAAACACUACUGGCCAGCCCAGACAGUAGAGAUUGGGUGCGAAUCUCCGAGAUGUUCUUGGGCCCCGCUCCCGAAUCGUGGACGUUCACACCGAAACACAAGAGUAACGCGUACGGAGGCGAAGAAAGUCAAGGUUGA